UGUUCUGCUCAGAUAUUAUGAAGAAUCUCAUAGGUUUUCAGGGAGCAUAUGUGCAUGUUGGUGUAUGGAGGGGGUGAUUCCGAUACGGGAUGUUUACCGGACGCACAUCAGCGCGAGCUUCAUCACGCCACGGAGGAGAGGGCCACGCGGUCACGUGAUCACGAGGAGUCCCGGACAGGAGACAUGUCCGUGCAUCUGUUCAGCGGCGCUUCAGCUCGAACCCUUGAAUCAUUGCCCGAGACACAUUGCGUCUGUUCUUCAGUCGAGCUCCUGCAGCGCCCCGCGUCAGCACACAACGCUCGCGUCGCGUCGCGUCUCGCCGCAGGUCGCGGGAAGAAUUUUGAUGGACCGCAUGAAGAUAAUUAAAAAGCGCCUGUCCAUGAGCUUGCAAAGUGUACGGCGUGUGGACGAGAGUCUCUCAGAGCUUCCUGAACAUGCCGGACUGGAUGAGCCUCCCUUGUCACAAGACAGUGGUGUAGUCCAUCAUAAAAUGUGGUCAGAUGGAGAAAGUGAUCAAGCUUCAGGAACCUCUUCUGAUGAAGUUCAGAGUCCUGUUAGAGUGCGUAUGCGCAACCUUCAGCAGCGCAUCUCUAAUGAGGAUAUCAAUAAACGUCUGUCGCUGCCAGCAGAUAUUCGUUUGCCAGAGGGUUACCUGAAGAAGUUUGCAAAAAACAGCCCCCCAUUUGACAAACCUCUAAGUCGAAGAUUUCGCAGAACAUCACUUUCAGAAAUCGGAUUUGGCAAAUUAGAGACGUAUAUCAAACUGGAAAAAGUGGGAGAGGGCACAUAUGCCACAGUGUUCAAGGGUCGUAGUAAACUAACGGAUAAUCUAGUGGCUCUGAAAGAAAUCAGGCUGGAAUAUGAAGAAGGCGCUCCUUGCACCGCCAUACGAGAAGUGUCUCUUCUGAAGAACCUGAAACAUGCCAACAUUGUCACCCUCCACGACAUCAUUCACACAGAGAAGUGCCUUACUCUAGUCUUCGAGUACUUGGAGAGGGACCUCAAACAGUAUUUGGAUGACUGUGGGAGCAUAAUGAGCGUUUAUAAUGUAAAGAUUUUCCUGUUUCAACUAUUGCGAGGUCUAGCUUAUUGCCAUCGGCAGAAAGUUUUGCACAGAGAUCUCAAACCUCAGAACCUUCUCAUCAGUGACAGGGGGGAGCUCAAACUCGCUGACUUCGGCCUUGCGCGUGCGAAGUCAGUUCCCACAAAGACCUUCUCUAAUGAAGUAGUGACUCUCUGGUACAGACCUCCUGAUGUGCUGCUGGGAUCUACAGAUUACUCCACCUCUCUUGACAUCUGGGGUGUAGGUUGUAUAUUCUAUGAAAUGAUCACAGGACGUCCCCUUUUCCCUGGGUCAACAGUGGAGGAUGAACUUCAUCUUAUAUUUCGUAUAUUGGGUACUCCUACUGAGGAGUCUUGGCCAGGAAUCAACACCAAUGAAAGCUUCCUUUCACACAACUUUCCUCAUUAUGAUGGGGCACCUCUGAUCACACAUGCACCCAGGAUCACCAAUGACGGUCAUGAUCUACUAUGCCAGUUAUUACAGUUUGAAGCACGGCGGCGUAUGUGUGCAGAAGAGGCUCUCCGGCACAUUUAUUUUAGAGACCUGGGAGAAAAAGUGCAGGACUUGGCUGACACUACCUCCAUAUUUUCUGUCAAGGAGAUCCGACUUCAGAUGGACCCAGGGAAACACUUUCCAGCUCAAAGAGAGUUGGCAGUGGUCCAUCGAAUGGGAUCUGCCCCACCUGAACAUUUCCUCCCUGAAGGAGUCAACCGUCUUCUACAUCCUGCCCCCCUCUCUUCAUAAAUGUGCUCAUCUGGUUAAGACUUUCCUUGCUUUCAUUCGUUAUGAAACAUAUUUUGUUCCCUGUUUACAAGGUUUUCUGCAAGUAUAUUUUAUUGUAUAAUUUUAUUUAUUUAUUUUAUUUUUCCUCUGUAUGUAAAUGUUUGAAAUACAAUGAAGUAGGGAAAAUAUGCAUAUGAUCAUCAAGCACCAAAGAUUUAUUAGUUAUGGUUUCUUAGGCAGCCCAAGGGUAAGAAGUUGCCAGUAUGUCUCUUAAUGUCAUCAGAUUUAGUACUUGCCACUCAAUGUGUUCAGUGUUUUUGCCUGGUCACCCACUUCACAAUGAGGCCAAGCCAGAAUCAAUGUACUUUCAGUAUCAGCCAUGUUGGAAUGUUCUCCAUCUUGGAUUUAACUAAAUAUUGAGCCAAAUUUUAGCAGCUUUUUCUUCUCCAAAACAAAAAAUGUGUCCAGAGUUGACCCCCCACACAACAUCUUACCACUGUGUUUGAAAUGUAUUACAACAAUAAAAUGGCCUUGCCUGUACAAAACCAAACAGAUUUUCAUAAUUUAGCAAUUCUGCAAUCACUGUAUUUGAUGGUGAAGAUGUCAAACAGGUAAAAAAGCUGCAUCUUUUCAAUACUUUUGAGUUGUGAUGUACAAGCUGGUAUGUGUCUUUGUCAGUCUCUCAGUCCCAACAUCACCAGGAUGCUUCUCAAACAGAAGAAUGCAUUUCUGAAGGUACUGAACAGUCCAGUUUCAUUAUGUAAUACAAGACAAAUAACUGAUUAAAGAUGAUAUACAAUAACUGCCCAUGAAGUAAUCCAAUGGGAGACAACGGAUAGAAAGUCAGUUAUUAUAAAGAUGUAUUUUUCCCAAAUUAAGUUUAAUAGUGUUUUUGUACUGUGACCACGGUGGUGGAAAUCUCAUGUUAGAGUUCGGUGUUGAGAAAGACUAGGACACAGUCUUCUGUUUGAGACGCAUCCCACAGUUAGAUCUUCACACCAUCACUUACUACAACCUCCAACUAAACCAGUAAUCGUGGAGGCUUCCAUGAGCCUGUGGGCCAAAUCCUAAAUAAACCAGUAGUCGUUUGGCAUUAUUACCAUUUUGUUUAAUAUAAUGCAGAAAUACUUCUGUUAAGUACUUUUUGAUUGACUUUAUCACUCUCUUCAGCUCAGGGGAAGACUUAUCAACAAAGUGUUUUGUCUGAACUCAGAUUGGGGUAUAUUAUAUACUGUAUGAUGAUGUAACAUUAGUGCACAACUUCUGCUGAGAUGAAUAUAGCAGAGCAGAUCACAGGAACUCGACACUUGACAAUGAGCAUGCAAUCAACAUAGAAGAGAACAAUCCUCAAUAUAUAAAGUAUCUGAAGCGCUUUUUCAUUGAUCCAUGUAAAUAUGCUUAGGACUGGUUUCACUAAUACACAUUCAUGUGAGCACAGACGCAUACUCUGGUAUAAAGUAUUGUAAUUCAUUCUUAAACAAUCAGAAAGUGUCAGCAUGAGGCUGUGGAAGACAGAUGAGAGUGUGUUAGUAGUAGUUAACACUGAGGCCGGUUCAGGCUCAGUACGGAGUGAUCCAUGAGCCGUCAUCACAGAGUUUGUUCACAUGCACUUAUCUGAGUGAAUCCAGUCUGAUUACAGCGUGCAGAAGUUAUAUCAUUUACACUUUAUUUUAAGGUGUCCUUGUUUCAUGUUACAUGUACUUACUAAUAAUAUUACACGCAAGUAGCCCUAAGCCAAACCCUAACCAUAGAGUAAGUACAUGUAGUUAAAUAAUAUUACUCUGUACGUAUAUGUAUAAUUACACUGUAACAAGAACACUUUAAUAUAAAGAGUAUUCACAAUAUUUUAUAUUUGAAUACACAUAGGUUUUGCUAUUUUGGUUAGAUGCUUCUGUAUUUCAUUGGCUCUGUACUGUACUCUGCACAAUGACAAUAAAGUUGAAUCUAAUCUAA